AGGGGUAAUGAGUGUGUAGGGAAGCUACGGAAGAGCGACAAAAGCAAAGUGAUCGAAACCUUGACCUUGACCUUUCUAAUAAUUUAGGCUAUCAUCUUCACCCUGGACUCUUCUUACAAGCUGUCUGCCUGCAGAAGAAAAAAAAUCAAACAUGGAGAGUCGUAGCUCUACAAGCAAGAAGAGAAAGAUUUCCCGUGACGAUGAUGAGGAGGAGGAAGAAAAUAUGGAGAAAUUCUACGCUCUCAUCAAGAGCAUACGAGAGGCUCGUGAUCGUUUGAUCAUCAACAACCCCUCAUCAGCAGAAAACAUGAAUAAGGGUGGUGCUGCAGAUGAUCAAAGGGAAACCAAGAAGCGAAAGUUGCUCGAAGAAGAGAAGCAGGUUGUAGCGUGGAACCCUUCCUUUCAACGUGAAGAUUUCAUGGAAGAGGCUGAUAAGCUGAAGAAAUUACCUCCCAAUCCCACGAGCAUCGGCAGUACAUCUCAAAGCAAACAGGGCGGUGAUGAUAAUGAUCAGAAAGAGGAGGUUAAAGAUGAGUUAGACCUUAACCUUUCACUGUAGAGGGUUCUUGGAACGACUGCAGGGAGGAAUGCAGCUAAGGUAGAGCCAGUAGAGGAUGGGGAUCCACCGAUCAUGAAUCUGUUGGUAUAUCAAAUAAGGUGAUUGGUUGGACUUGUUCCACGCUAAAAGGUUAUAAAUUAUCGUCCAACAUUCACGCAUCUCUUGUCCACUGAGCAUUUUCCAUGCUACUUUUAUGUAUGUUUAUUAUAAAAUUAGUGAAUUUUAUCAUUAAUGUAUUGGUAUAA